AAGAAAAAUAUAAAAAUUUUAUAAUAUUUACAUUCGCACAAAAUUAGGACAGUCCGAGGUGGUAAAAUUAUGAAUUAAAAGCAUAUUUCUCAGAAAAUGGAAUCUUCAAUUAAGGAUAAUGAAGAGGUAGCUUACGUCGAAUUCGAAGAAGAUGUGAACUCUGACCUUAUGUCUUCGGAAGGUUCCCAGAACUAUCCCGAAUCGGCCCUACAGUCUCGGAAUCGCUUCUGCCGGUUGUGUCUCCGGAAGUCGGAAAAUUUUCUGCUUCCGCUAAUGGCAAAAAUGGAGGCAGUUUCGGUCAUGGAAAUGUUGAUUGAUGUCACUGGAUUGGAGAUCGAGUUCAGCCCGCUGUAUCCGACCAAGGUUUGCAGCAACUGUAUGACUAAGCUAGACUUUGCAUAUAACGUUCGGCAAGAAUUUCUUAGCAGCGCUGAACUGUUGCUGAAAAUGGCCGUCGAGAACCGACUUACUAGCUAUUAUGAACAAUUUAAGGAAACCGGUGAGAAGAGGGUUUGCUAUUCGGAUGAAAUUCUGGAGUCGAGUAGAAACAUUCUUGAAUCAAAGAUCAAAGUGGAAGGAAAUAAAAUUGUUCCGGCCCAAGAAGGCCCUAUAAUAGAAACAGUCGAAAACGUGGAGGGUUCAGAUCAUUCUGAUAUCGAGAUGUUGGAUGGAUUGGUAGACGAAGGGUUGUCCGAUCAUGAGCUAGAUAAUGCAUUACCGGCAAACGAAUCUAAAGAAGAAAAACAAGAAAAGUUUGUCUAUUCAUGGAGAGAAUUGGUCAAACCGAAGAAAAUCAAAAAGUCAAAGGUCGAUAUCAAAAACUCAGCAGCGGAUAAAGAAAUCCACGAUCAAUUUCCACCAACAACUUGUUACAUUUGCAAUACUCUUCACGAUACAUUGGAACAGAGGGACGAGCAUUUGAACAGCCACAUCAACAUGGUGCCGCAUCGGUGUGAAACCUGCAGCACCGAACAGGAACAGGUGGUGUCGAAAAGCGUUCUUACGUUGAAUCGUCACCGGUUGAUGCAUUUGUUGCCCCAUAAGUGUGACAAGUGCCAUCGGAGGUUUAUCUCAACUGGCAGUUUGUACGCACAUUCCUGGAAUACUCAUAAAAGCAACCCCGAUGGCAUGACCUGCGAUUAUUGCGGCAAAAUUUUCACCCAAAAGCGAUCUUUUCAGGCUCACGUUCGUCGUCAUCGACAUAAGGCUAAUGGUAGAUAUAAAUGCGACGUUUGUAGCGAAACUUGUGGGUCUAAUUUGCUGUUAGCCCGUCAUAUGAGGAAACAUACCGGCGAGAAAAAUUUCACGUGCCCAUACUGCGAUAAAUCGUUUAGCCGUGCUUGUAAUCUGCUUACUCACAAACGAAUACACACUAACGAAAGAUGUCACAAGUGUUCGGACUGUGGGAGCACUUUUCGGGAUAGCGUAACCCUGCGGAAGCACCAAGAACGUUUCCAUCUCGGCAAGGAACCCAACUUACGGACGGAUCGAAAUCCGUUUUUAAUAGAUGAACAUGGUCGAAAGCUGUAUAUCUGCAAAGAAGAUGAUUGCGAUUACAGGACCUAUAAUGGCACAGCUAUAUCGAGACAUAAGGCACGACACACCAAACGGUACGUGUGUUCCGAUUGUGGAAAACGGUUUGCCGAACCGAAUCUCGUUCGAAGGCAUCAGGCGUCGAUGCACAGUGGAAAAGUUCGAAGCAAGAAAGCGGCAACAAAUGUCAUCAGCACAUCCAUCGAAACGGAAUGUGCCAUGGGGAUUCCGGCCGAGGUGGACGAACUUAUUGCCGAUUAUGGCUUCGAAUCAACCGAUGCUCAAGCUUACGCGAUAGAAGUGAUGGCCAAUAUUGAGGAGAUCAUUGACGUAGUUUGAACUACUUUCUGAUGAUAUUAGGUGAAAUUUUAAUAGACGGAAUAAACAAUGCAUGCUUGAA